GAGGAAAGGAUGGAGUGGGUCGAAGCCCAAUCCAUGGUAAGAUCCGGCCCACAUUACAUGCCCGACAAACAAAGUUGAAGCUUCAACAAGGGUUCUACUCAACUCGGAAGAAAUGAGCAUCUGUGUGAGAAAGUGAGCUAAAUUCUGUGGGUUUAAUUUGGGUUUCAGGCCAAGAAUCAGAAGAACAAGAACAAGAACAAGAAGCAGCUAUGGCUAGUAGCCAAUCAACUGUAGCGAGGACCACGUUCCAUCUGCCGUUUGAGAUAACCAUUGUAAUCCUCUCCAGAUUGCCAGUGAAAUCCCUCUUGCGAUUCAAGUCCGUAUGCAAAAACUGGUAUGAUCUGAUCAAAACCCAUGAUUUUGUUGCCAAACAUCUCCAAACCCAGUCCACUAUCAAUCGCACCUCUCUCCUAGUAACCGGUUACAAUCGUGAAACAGAAACCCAUCAAAUGUCUUUACUUUUCAAUGAUGGGCUCAUUAACGGCCCUAUCAAUCUCGAUUUUGCCCCUUUUCUGAAUGGAAGGAUUAACAAGUAUACUGGGAUGAAUUAUUUCUAUAUUGUGGGUAUCUGUAAUGGCUUAGUUUGCAUACAUUUCUCUCCCGAUUUAUAUCCCUUGAUUCUAUGUAAUCCCUCCACCGGACAGUUUCGGGAAAUUCCAAAUUCCAAAUGGGUAUGGCCGGAUGAGAUGGAUUUCAAUGUUUAUGGUGAAACGGUUAAGCGGGUCAGUUUUGGGUUUGGCUUCCAUCCCAGUGCUAAUGAUUACAAGUUGAUAAGGAUUGUGCUUUAUUUUAGUUACGCCGGGGAACCCGUUAUCGAAGCUGAUCUGUACGUGAUGAGUACUGAUACGUGGAGAGAAAUCCAUGUCGAUAAGGUCUCGGUCUUUUUUGGGGAGAUGAAUAAUUUUGGGCGGUUUACUAGCUACGUGCAAAUUGGUGAAUCUUCUGCUUCAGCAGUCAUAAAUGGAGUUUUCUAUUGGCCUGCAUUUGUAAUCCCCUCUGAUGAAGUGAUUGUUAUGUCCUUCAACAUGGGCGAUGAGGUGUUUAGGAAAAUAAGAACACCGGUGUUUUUGGGUAGGGGUUUUAAUGAAACAAUCUGGCGAUUUACAAAACUGACGUAUCAAAAAAUCUGGCAAUUUACAGAACUUAAGGAUAAACUUGCUCUGGUUAUUCAUUCGAAUGAAAGAUGCCUUGAUGUCUGGGUGUUGAAUGAAGACCAGAAAUCAUGGACUAACCAAUUCAAAGUUGGAUCUUUUCCAAGGAUUUCACGUUAUGUGAGAUAUGGGGAGAAUGGUGAAAUCAGAGUGGUAGGAUGUGCGAACAAUGGUGAAUUCGUAGUGAUAGACCAUAGUGGAAGUGGUGACUUAAAGCUCUUUUCAUAUGAUCUAGAGACCUGCAAAAGAACGGAUCUUUAUUUUGGUUGGGUUCCGUAUGGAUCUGCUAUUUACUUGUAUACGGAGACCCUGCUUCCAGUCAUGCAAACCACCGAAGCAUUGAAUUUGUGUAACUGACUCAGGCCCAGUGUUGACGGAGAAAAAGAUACGAUUAGAUCGGUGGGAAGCACUUUAUGGUGAAAGACACUAAAAGAAUCUGGCAAGUGAAACCUCUUUUUGGAUCAUCCCGAGAGCCAAUACACCAAGAAUCUUGUUUUGCUCAGUUUGGGUACCUAUACGCCAUUAUUUAUACACGGAGACUAUACUUCCUGUCACGAAAAUGUUGUCAACCAACACAAUGACUUCUUGUCAUUGCAUCUGUGAAAGCUUACUCUACUUACGGUUAUCUAAGGAGCAUAGUUUUUGUUUUUGUGUUGGGUUGAAGCUGCAUUAACUUGACUAUAUAUUGAUCUUUUGGUACUUUUUAAUACUAUAAUUAGCGUACCA